GGCGCUGGUAGAGGUUUGUCCCAUCUUCCGCGUCCUAUUCGAAAGUUUGUCAAUCGCAAUCAAGAAAUUGAAGACAUUAAGAAACGUCUUCUCCCACACCCAGAAAACGACUGCAGUUGUGUCUUAGUACACGGUGCUGUUGGGAUGGGAAAAACAGCCACUGCUAUUAAAGCGGCACAUGAGAUUCGAGAUAACGACGAUAACACUACUGUCGUGUACAUCAACUGCAGUGUUGUCAAUUCAUGUGAUGAUCUUGCGGCGAAGAUUUCCCAGCAAAUCUAUCAUUUCCCUUUGAAUGAGUCGACUGCAGAAAUUAAAAGGAGGCUAAUAAGUGAGAAAGAUCUCCUCGUCAUAUUGCUGCUGGACAAUUUUCAAUACUUGGAUCCCCUGGAUCGCAAUGAGGAAGCCAACAUGAAUCCGGAGAUAACAAGAAUUGACCAAACAGAGGGGUUUAAAGUUAAAACGUUCAUCACAGAAAUCAUCACAGCCUCAACUAACGUCAAGCUGCUCGUUACCUCAUCAGUGUGCACGUUUUUCCCAGAAACAUGUCAACACAAAGUAAGCCUGCAUCCGUUAGAGAGGAGUGCAUCAUUUGAGCUUCUGAAGAACACCUAUUGUAACCCUCAGCUGGACGAAAAAAUUGCUUUCAAAAUAGCCGAUAUUUGUGAUGGUAUUCCGCUCGCCCUUAUUUCCUUGGCUUCUUGGCAAGACCAUCCACCCGAUCUUGUGCAAAUGAUGACCAACGCCAACCCAAGGGACAAAUUCAAGAAAUUUAUAACAAUUCCUAAAACUGACACAAGCAAGAAAAUAGACGUGUGCCUUGACGCUUGCUUUUACAGACUUGACCAGGAUCUACGACACACUCUUAUUUGUCUUUCGCUGUUUAAAGGACAUUUUACCAUGUCAACAGCUAAAGAAGUCUUCUGUUCAGAGGGGUUAGAAGGCCGCAUUUUGGAAUUGGCUAGUCGAUCUUUCUUAGAAAGAAACAUAUUAGGCCCUACAGAUCCCUGCUGGUACAGUCUUCUUGGAGUCCAAAAACUCUACUGCCAAAACAAGGCCCAAGAAGAAGGUGUACAACAAGUAUACGAGAACGGCCGAAAGCAUUUUAUCGACCACUUUCUCUUUCUUCUUGAAGAGGUUUUCAAGAAGUUCCUGAGCAAAGAUGCUUUUGAAGCUUGCGCUACAUUUCGUCAGGAAGUAGAAAAUAUCAUGCAGCUUCUCGACUGGUUCAAGAGUGGCGUCAUAGACGAAGAACGAACACUUAAGUGUAUUGAUGUGUUCAACGAAGCAGCCGAGCUACUUGCAAAGAUGAUGGGAGAGAAGCGAUUUAAUGCGGUUUUUAAUCUGCUGAAAGACAAGUGCCAACAGUUGCAAGAUAAAGAAAGACUGAGUGAUUGUUUUACUUCACUUGGGAUCAAAGAGGCAUUCAGUUGUUUCUUUUCCCCUCAUUUGUCAGUUGAAGCAGGGAAGAGAGCUAAAAAUUACUUUAUGGAAGCCGAUAGAAUCCAGACCGACCUUUCAAUUGUUACCGGUAACAGCAGAGCCCAAUGCCUUGCCAAAUAUGGCCGUUGUGUCUCCAUCAUAGAUGGCAACUUUGCCGAAGGAAAGGGGAUGAUUCAAAAAGCAAUCGCUAUUCGUAAGAAGCAUGGAGAAGAGGAUAGAGUCAUGUUAGGUGCAACAUACAACGACUUGGCAGGUGAGCCUAAGGCCGCAUUUAUAUGGAGAAAACUUGUCCCAGUUGGAAGGGCUAUCCUCCCAGCCGAGUCAACUUUAGCGGACAUUUACAUGGGAAAAAGGAUGAUCGUUCUACCCAGCCAACUCGUACACGCUCUGAUUGUCUUACCUUGACCGAGUUGAUCUGGAUGGGCGAGCCAGAGUCAGGGUUCGGAAGAAAAGUUGGCCCGGCCAGGAGGGUGACCUGGCUAGGUGACAUGGGUCACCCUUUUAGCCGAACAAACGUUUUGUUUCUCAUGUAAACGGUCCGCCACGCUUUGUAAGGAAAUGUCUGAUAAGUUGGCUCGCCCAGGGAAGCCCCAUUAUGUGAAUCACCUUUCUACCAGGGGCAACGUUUCUCCGUAUAAAAGGUCGGGGUCUAAGUUCUUGCUUCACUAUGAGGGACAUUCCUUCAACCUCGUUUGAUUCGUUGUUCUUUGAAAUGAAGCUUCAUCCCAAUUUGAUUUUCAAUUUGCUUUGUCUCCAAGCUUAAAAACCACUUGAGCCUGAAUUUCAUUUUAACCUACAACACGUACAGAUGCAAACCGGUUAAAUAUUUUUUUUAUGAUCUUAAUGUUGAUAAUGUGAUAAGAUCUGAUAAUGUGCUACGUUGGAUUUAAUUUUUUGAAAAACCUUAAAACAAUAUAUCCAGCGACAAAAUUGUAAACGUCUCCUGUGUUGUAGUUGUGCUCUCCCUGGAAUCGGCACAUUAUCAACGACAUCGUGAACAAGAAAGAGCUAGUGCACUCCUUCAAGAAGCAGUACAAUGCAGAACACAUAAAACGCUUCGAAUAUACAGAGUAAAGCUGGGCGACCAUCCUUUUACAGCUACCAUUCUAAACAACCUGUCAAAAAACUACCGUGCUCUUGGAAAGUUUCAAGAUGCUCAAAGAUGUUCUCAGGAAGGGCUGAAAAUUCGGAGCGAGUUCUUGGGGGAACACAUGGAAACUGCGUUGUCCCUAUAUGAGGUUGCAUUGGUUCUUAAAGAAAACAAUGAGUUACAGGCAGCGAAAACUAACCUUGAGCAGUGUUUAGCUAUGCAGGAGAAGGUGCUGGAUGAGAAAAACAAGGAUCUCAAAAGGUAA